UCUGAGGCUGUUAAGACAUCCUGAAAUAGUAAUUUUCUUCACACGAUGCCACUUCGGUCGAAAGUCGAAUUUUGCACUCCCACGAAGGGCCAGAAGAAGCGCAAAAGGAAUUCCGAGUGUUUUGACAGUGCCCUUGUGCCUGUAGAAGGACCAGAAAUUAAUGAACCCGUGCAAUCCGACACCUCCUCGGAACUUCUUUCAUCCUGUGCCCCGAUUUCAGAACCAUGGCCAGACACUUUUUGUCUUGAGGGUGUCGUAUUAAAUUUUGGUAUCCAGGGGAACACCGAACCCGUCCACAUGAAAUCCGACGCGGAGCUCAUGCCUCCACCAAAAUCAUGGAUUGUACCCAAGGCCCGACCUAAAAUGAAUACUGUGGAGCCGAACGAUGAAAUAAUCCCGAAAAAUGAAGACGACGAAUCCAAGGACGACGAAUCUGAAGACGGCGAAUCCGAAGACGGCGAAUCCGAAGACGACGAAUCCGAAGACGAAGAAUUUGAAGACGAAGAAUCUGAAGACGACGAUGAGUCCGUUGGUGCAAGGCAACUGAAAGAUCCUACGCCAGUUCGAAUGGGAUCCGUCCCUCCAAGGCCCCAGGAUGAGGCCGCGACUCAGGAGUGGCUGCAGGCUUGCAAUAAGACAGUUUCCGAGCAACUGUUACAUCUAGUAAUUAAGGAGAGUGCCAAGCCAUCUUCCGUAGACCCAGGAUCCGUUGACCAGAUGAACCAGAUGAAGCCCCGAAGUUCGGGAAAGUCUGGGAUUGUGGUGGGUGCCGCGGAGAACGCGUGGCAUUUUAGCUACCUACUUCGCAACGGGGACUUGGAGGAUAGCGUGGACCACUACACCUGGAAGUACGGGGAUCCCGGGGCCAAUCGACUAUUGGACACGUGGAACGAGAUAUACGGCUCCGAGACGGCAAAGGAGUUGGACAGAACGUUGGUGCUUGCGCCCUUGCCAGUUCGUCAGGAGCAGAGCCUCCAGAAGUCAGGGAUCCUAGGACGUCCCACUGAACGCCAAAGCGAGCCCGUGCGCUUGCGCCUGGAAAUGACGGUCUGCAGACUGUUUUGUACCCUGCAGAUGCACAGACAUGUGGAUCUUGAGACGGCCGUAAGGAGCCUCGACAACGCCGUCCACAGAAGCGACGUGGGUGUGAUAGAAGUCAGAUUCGAGGCCCCGCAGAUAGGCUGGAUUUGGGAUAAUGGCACAGUCAUGAUAAUAGACGGGCGAAAUAAGGACGAUUUAGUCGAAGCCCUACAGGAAAUAGUAGCCAAGACCAUGGGCAAGGAGAAUUUCCAGCUCGAUCCGAGUCACACGCUGCUACACCUGCGUCUCUACUCCGGCGCCUUCUUCCCCUGGAGCGUCGACUUGCAGGAGUUCAGUAAGGCCCACUCUCCUUCUUCGGAUCUAUGCCUUCAUGAUACGAACUUUGUCCACUACGUGAACAAGAAUAUGCCCGGAGUGGCAGCCAGACUCCAUGAGUCGGGGCUGUUCACCGGGUAUGCCAUGACCACGGAUGAAGUGGACGAAAUGGUGAGGCAAGUGUACCUUCUUUCGGCCAACUAUCAAAAGCCCGAAAUCGAAAACGUUAAAUAA